ACCAAUAACAACGGCCAUAAGACCCGACGAGUUUCGGUUCCCCAAUCCCUACCCAACCAAAGCUAGGGUUUUUGAUUCAAUUCCAUCCCCAAAAUCCAAUACCAAAUGAAAGAACUGAGAUCAUAAUGAAAAGAAGAAACCGCGAUACUAACACCGAACCUCCAAUUCGAACUUCAUUCCCUGCAGCUCUCCACAGAGUUCAUAGCGCCACAACCCGACCCGAUUCCCGAUCAAAUCGAGCUGAUGGCCCUAAAACUUCCGAGUAUGCGUUUUUCAAGAAGCUGAAGAAAGAUGCCGGCCAAAAAUAUGAUUCUCAUUCAAUGCGAAGGGAGAAAAACCAAUCAAACAAGUUGAAUUCUACUGAACAUCGAGAAGUAGUAGAGGGCACCAAUAUAGUUAGGAACAUCUCCAGGUCAUCGGAGGGGACCAACAUUAUUACAACUCGCUCUAAGGACUUUAGAUCCCCAUUGUCUGUCAGAAAUGUUAGCUCAAAGGAGUUGCGAUCACUUUUGUCCAGUCAACAUGUUAGUUCUAAGGACUCAGGAUCAUCGUUGCCUGUUAACAAUGUGACAUGUGUCAACUUUGAUUCAUUCCUCUCACCUGUUGACGGAGCAGCAAAUGACUGGGGUAUGGAAGGGUCUCAGUCUGAUCAAGUGGAAUUAUUUUCUAAAAAGAGACAGAAACUGCAUCAAUGGGCUCAUAAUUCAUCUCCUGAGAUGGAGGAACUCUGUUCCAAGGGGUAUGAUCUUAUUUCAAUGAUCCUUAGUCGGCUUUUACCUCAGAACAAUGAGAAAAACAGUUUCAGAAGCGCAGAUUCAGCACCAGCAGAGAAUGAUACCAAAACUCAGUUACUUGCCUGCCCUAAGUCUGAUAUUCCUUCCAAGAAACUUUAUAGGAUGCCAACAAGGAACAUCAUGGAAGUUGAAUAUUUGCCGUACUUGGAAAAUGAUACAUCAUCUUAUUGGUCAGACAGAUCAAGGGACACGAGGAGCUCUAAUAUCUGCACUCCAGCCUUUAACAAUCACAACACCAUUCGAAAGAAUUUAGAUUUACCUAGCUGUGAACUAAGAGGGAAAAAUUUGUUCUCCUGCAUUGAAGGUGACUCCACUUUUAGCUUUCCGUUUGUGAGACAUGGAUCUUUUCCACCAUUUAGUCCUUUCAAAGAGCUAGAUGAUUUCCAUGACCCAAAUGGAUCCUUGCUUGGAAGAGAGCCAUUUCUACUGCUUGAAUGGGAUUCUAUAAACAUGAAUGAAAGGAGCUUAUCUGCUACUUGUCAGAAUACAAACUGGACCAUAGUUCCUGCAGUACAAAGUUCAUGGGAUCAACACCAAAGUCUAACUAUGUUAUCUGAAUCAUAUGGUACAUUUAGGUUUUGUUCAUCAUCUGUCCUGAGGAAUUAUCCCCAAGAUUUUUACACAGAAGUGCCUCCCACUAGUACCAGCUGUGACAAACAAGAGCUUGGAGGAUCUGUUUUAGAAGAAAAGGAAGAAACAGUUGCAGAUUUGAACCCUCUUCCUUUGACCUUAUCACAUUCGUCAAAAUACCUUAAUCUAAUUGGGGAUUGCAAUUAUUAUGAAAUUGCAUGUAAAGGUAGUGAGACAAGUGAUAUUCUCCCAUCUCUUGGAAAUCACCUUGGGUUCCUCAAAAAGGCUUUUGGUGAGGAGGACAGUAUUCCUGGUAGUGGAACCCACCUUUCCUUUGCUCUUGAUGUAGAAUGGAAAUGCUUACAAUCUAGUGGUUUAGUAAGAGAUCGAUGCUCAUCUACCUAUAAUGAUCAUCAAAUACCUGAAAAGGAAAUCAUAUAUUCAACCUUUCUUAGUGAAGAUGAAUUUGGGAGUUCCUGGGAUGGUUCAAGUUUUAGAAGCCGUAUUCACUCCAGUGAAGAUAUGCUAGGCAUCCAUGACAGGCGAUCUUUUAUUUUUCAAAUAUCUCGGGACAAAGAUAAGGCAUAUCCUUUUUUGCUUGAUAAAUCAAGCUUGGAGGAUUGCACAGAAGAAGCAUAUGCUUGUGGUAAUGAAGUCAAAUGCCUUUGAAUGAUGCUUUCUUUGCAUUACCUCUUGCUCUCCUUGCUUUUAUUAAGAUGUCCACUGGCUUGAAGCCUAAACAAUGCUGUUAUCUUUUGCUCUUCAAACAACAAGUAUGGGAGCUAACUUUUUUAAUGGAAUUAUAAAUGGAUCAAAGUUCUUAGGUG